AUGCUGGGGAUUUUACCUCUAAGUUGGCUCAAUGCUAUCUCCCAUCUAUUUCACAUUUUGCCAGUGUUCUGUGCCUUCCCACCCCCACCCCUUAAUGAGAAAAAUUUAGAAUUUCUGUCAAUCUUCCAAUGCCUGGCUUUCCGGGAUGCUUACAGCUUCCUGAAAAGUCAUGUGGCUCCUGUAUGUCUGGAGCAUCGGGAUUUUCUUCUUGUAGUCAGGUGGCAAUUCCUCUCUAAAGGUCUCUAUUCCUGGUUUCCCUCCUGGGCGAGCGGCUUGGCUGGAGCCAUUUCACCAGCCAGGUCCUCGGCAUUAUGGUUCCCGUACAGCUCUGGAGAGCUGCUGCUCCAACCUGAGGAUGUAGGAUCCCCAGGUCCCCCUCCACACACAUAA